AUGGCCAAACGCAAAGCCACUUCUCAACUUUCUGGACUUAUAGGAUCAGACGAUGAGGAUCUCAUGUUGAACAAUGAAGAGGGUCCUGCAGAGCCUCCCGCCAAGAAACGACGAGGUCGACCACGCACUUCUGAGGACGCCGUGCCCGAGCCUAAGCCUACCAAACCGACUACACGAGCGAAAAAGCAGCAGGCAGCUGUAGCUGAAACAGAGGCCACUACUGAGAGGAAAUCCACCCGUCGGGGACGACCCAAGGGAAGUGGUCGACCGUCGCAAGACGCGAUGGCAGAAGCAGAAAAAGAGGAAACAGGGCCGAACGACGAUACACGCGAGCAGGAGAACGAGGAUCCCGAGGAACCAAAGCCAACGAAAAAGCCCGCGAGGACUACAAAAGCUAAAGCUGCGCCGGCAGCCAAACGCCCUCGAACAACAGCUCGCGCCGGCGCAGCAAAAAAGCCCCAAGUAGACGAUGAAUUUGAAUAUACUCCCAAGACUGCGCGACACGCUAGCCCGGAGAGUGACGAAGAACAACAGCUCGAGCCAAGCUCUGUUCCUCGUGCAGCAGGUCCGGGGAGGCGAGGCACCGAAGUGGAGGAAACACAACAAACUGCAGGCCUCCAAGCUGGAUUUGUAGAAGAGUCGGCAAUCCCCGCACCUACUCGCCGUUCAAUGUCGCCGCAGAAACCCCGUGCCUAUCGGCCGUCUUUACACCGCAACCCACAAGACUCUCCCUUUAAACGCAAAUCGACCGACUCUGAGCAAGGCGACCCAGAAUUGAGGCGUAGGCUGGGUGAGCUCACCAAGAAGAAUGAUGCAUUGGAACUCAAAUAUCGCAAUCUCCGUGAGAUCGGGGUUGUCGAGGCUAAUACCAAUAUGGAGAAGCUGCGAAAGCAAAAUGAAGCUAUAACCACUGCCUCGAAUGAGCUGGUUGCCUCUCUGAGGAACGAGCUGGAUGCCCAGCGAAAGCUAGGAACACAAAGCCGCGGACUACAGAAGCAACUGAAAGACCGCGAUGCAGAGAUAGCCCGGUUGAAAUCCGACGCCGAUGAGGCACGCGCACAACUUGCCUCUGCCCAAUCCGAAGUUAAGGCCCUGCAGACCAAGCUCGCCGCGGCACGCAACACCGCCGCCAGUCUCGAGGGGGCUUCCAAGGUCCCCGGCAGUGCCAUCAAGGGUGGCGCCGCCAACCGCGCGAAUGCUGCUGCCAGCGCUGAAGCGGCCCAGGCAGCCCAGCUUGCUCAGCUCAAGGAAGACCUAUACAGUGACCUGACCGGAUUGAUCAUCCGUGAUGUUAAGGACAAGGAUUCUGAAAAUGUCUAUGAUUGUAUCCAGACUGGAAUUAACGGCACUCUUCAUUUCCACUUGGCGGUGCCCAAGGAAUCAGCAGACUUCGACAAUGCCGAAUUCCAAUAUCUGCCGCUCUUGGAUGCCAAUCGUGAUAGAGACCUGGUCAACCUGCUUCCAGACUUCUUGACCGUGGACAUCACAUUCAAGCGUGGGCAGGCUGCCAAGUUCUAUACGCGCGUCAUUGAUGCUUUGACCAAGCGGCGGUCUCUUGCAGCUUCCAACCCCGAGAGGAGAGACAUCAUGGUGCGUCUCGGCCGCGUCGGGUUUCUGGCCCUCGCGGUGGUCUUCCACUUGAUCUAUACAUAUUCAAUCUUCGAUAUCUACUUCGUUAGCCCAAUUGUGAGUGGCAUGCAAUCACAUGGGGUCAGGCGACCCUCCGGAACCCCCGCCCCAGCCAACCGUCUCGUCCUAUUUGUCGCCGAUGGCCUCCGCGCCGACAAGGCCUUCCAAGCUUUCCCUGACCCAUCCCCCGGCGCCGAUCCCGAAAACGACGAAUUGAUCCGCUUGUCGCCAUUCAUUCGAUCGAAAGUCCUCUCCCAUGGCACAUUUGGCGUCUCGCAUACCCGAGUGCCUACCGAAUCGCGCCCCGGUCAUGUUGCGCUUAUCGCGGGCCUCUACGAGGAUGUCUCCGCCGUUACCACAGGCUGGAAGUUGAACCCCGUGGACUUCGACAGCGUUUUCAACCAGAGCAGACAUACAUGGAGCUGGGGAAGCCCGGAUAUUCUUCCCAUGUUUAAGGAGGGUGCUGUGCCUGGGAGGGUUGAUGCGGACUCUUACAGUGAAGAAGCGGAGGAUUUCACCGUGGAUGCGACGCAUCUGGACACAUGGGUCUUUGAUAAGGUUCACGGACUAUUCGAAUCGGCCAAGACGGACCCCGAAUUGGAUCGUAAGCUGCGCGACGACAAGCUGGUGUUCUUCCUUCAUUUGCUUGGAUUGGACACAACUGGCCAUUCCUUCCGGCCGUACUCCAAAGAAUAUCUGCACAAUAUCCAGGUCGUGGAUCGCGGAGUCGAAGCCGUCACUAAGUUGGUGGAUGGCUUCUAUGGCGACGACAAGACGGCUUUCGUUUUCACCGCGGAUCAUGGCAUGAGUGAUACCGGCAGCCACGGUGACGGUCAUCCGGACAACACGAGGACCCCGCUGGUUGUCUGGGGAUCUGGUGUUGCGCACCCACAAUACUCGACUAGUGGCAUCGCUCCCGGUCAUGAAGAUGGGUUUUCCGCCGAUUGGGGCUUUGACCAGGUUCAACGCCAUGAUGUCGCACAGGCUGACGUUGCUGCACUCAUGGCAUACCUGGUUGGCCUGGACUUCCCUGUGAACUCAGUGGGUCAAUUACCGCUAGACUUCAUCAGUGCGAGCCCUGAGGAGAAGGCCCAGGCUGCUCUUGCCAACACGCGCGGUGUUCUAGAGAUGUACCGUGUGAAAGAAGAACAGAAGAGCAAUGCUGUGAUUCGGUACGUGCCUUAUGAGCCGCUGUCUGGCAACCAUAUGAACUCGAUUGAAUACCGACUGGAGAACAUUGAGGCCUCCAUAUCCAAGGGCAACUACGACGAGGCUAUCUAUUUGUCUGCUGAGUCCUUCCGCGCAGCCCUGGAGGGCCUGCGUUACUUGCAAACUUAUGACUGGCUGUUCUUGCGCACUAUUGUGUCUGUUGGCUAUCUUGGUUGGAUCGCGUAUGCGUUGACCACAGUGAUCGAUCUACAUGUUUUGCAUGGCACAUCGGAUACUCACCGCACGACAGCGAGUGUCUCGUUUUUCUCGUCUAUUCUAGUUGCCCUGUUCUCUGUGUUCCUGUACCAGGGAUCGUCCUGGCGCUACUACUUCUAUGCUUUCUUCCCGGUCUAUUUCUGGGAAGAAGUGUUUGCACGCCGCAAGGCCUUGAUUGCCGGUCGCGAGAUUGUACUGGGCCAUGUGCGCUCCUUCACUGGGUACCUUAAAUUUGGACUUCAAUUUUUGGCAUUCCUCGGUGUGAUGGAGGCUAUGGUACAGUCGUAUUUCCACCGGGAGAUCUUCACGGUUUGCUUUGCCUUGGGUGCGUUUUGGCCUGCGGUCCAUGGCUUCGGGUUCAUUCGUAGCCAUGCGACUCUCACUGCUACUUGGGCUCUUGGUUGUGGCUUGAUGAGUUCAUUCACUCUUCUGCCGGUCAUCAAGGUUGAAAACAUUGAUACAAUUACCUAUGGCGGGCUGGCCAUGUUCCUUACUGGAAUUUUAUACCUGCUAUUUGAGAAUGCAAUCAUUGGAUCUGAAUCAAAAGCAAUUGGUCGUGUCGGCUCCCGAAUUAUCAUGGGAAUCCAGCUUGGUCUGGUUCUUCUUGCAGUCAUUGUCACUAGAUCAUCAGUGUUCUCCUUGCAGGCUCGUCAAGGUCUACCAUUCGGAAACCUUGUUGUUGGGUGGGUUGUCUUUGUGGCUUCUCUGGCUCUGCCAUUCUUCCACCGUUUAUAUCCGAACAGCAAUUAUCUUCACAGACUCAUGAUCAUCUUCUUGACAUUUUCACCGACAUUUAUCAUCCUCACUAUUUCAUGGGAAGGACUAUUUUACUUCGUGUUUUGCAUGACCAUUGUGACAUGGGUUCGUCUCGAACACGCCAUCUACGUCCACACAAAGCCCGAUGCGGCUAAGCAACAAAAUGCUAGCAAGGAUCAUGCAGCAAAGCCCGAGAACAUCGGCUCCACUACUGUCGACGGCGAAAUAUUUUACUACCGCGCACUUACCCUCUCAGAUGUCCGCGUGGCACUCUUCUUCUUUUUCCUCUUGCAAUCCGCCUUCUUUAGCACAGGCAAUGUUGCGUCAAUCUCGACGUUCUCCCUCGACAGUGUUCGCCGAUUGGUCCCUGUCUUUGACCCAUUCGCGCAAGGCGCUCUAUUGAUUGUCCAAAUCCUGAUCCCCUUUGCCAUUAUCAGUGCCAACCUGGGCAUUCUCAAUCGCCGCCUGGAAGUAGCCCCCAGUGCUCUUUUCAUGGUCGUCAUGGCCAUCUCCGACAUCAUGACCCUGAACUUUUUCUACAUGGUGCGCGAUGAAGGCUCCUGGCUCGACAUUGGCAUGACCAUUAGUCAUUUCUGUAUUGCCAGUGCCCUGUGCACCUUUGUGGCUGGCCUUGAGUUCCUGAGUGAACUCCUAGUCAGUGGCGUUCAUUUCCCCGUGAUCACAGCGGUGGGGUCCGCCGUGGUCGAAACCAUUGACCAAGCCACCGAAUGUGGCCACGAGGACCGCAAGGAGCCAAAGAAGCCCCAGUCCAACGGGGCCAAGCAAUCCAAGUCCAAGUCCAAAAGCAAGGGCAAGGGCAAAUCCACCAGAUAG